AUGGUUCACAUCUUCAAAUUUCUCGUCUUCCUCCUCCUUUGCAGCGUAGCUAGAGUCGGUGGAGUGUCGGAAGAGGAUGACCGCUCCGUGCUUUUAGGCUUCAAGGCCGGAGUGACCGGCGACCCCAUGGGAGCGCUCGCUGGCUGGGGCUCGCCAGACGUGUGCAACUGGACCGGGGUCGCUUGCGACGUGGUGACACACCGUGUUGUCAACUUAACACUAAGUAAUCUGAACCUCUCUGGCAAGGUCUCUCCCACACUUGGCAACCUCUGGCACCUUAGGAAACUCGACCUCUCUCGCAACCACUUCGCCGGCAGCGUCCCGCCAGAGCUCGGCAACCUAUCGAGACUUAGCUGCCUCGAUCUCUCCGAGAACUUGUUUGUCGGCACAGUGCCACCGCAGCUCGGGAAGCUCACCCAACUAGAGAUAUUGAGCCUCAGUGAAAACCAGUUGGAGGGCUCGAUUCCGGGGGAGCUGGCGCGUAUCCGUAGCCUAGAAUGCCUCAAUCUCGGCGAGAACAACCUCUCCGGACACAUCCCGGCGGCCAUCUUCUGCAACCACUCUGCCUUGUACUACUUUGAUGUAUCAUACAACUCUCUAGACGGCGAGAUCCCCAUCCGAGUGGAUUGCCCGCUCUCCAAUCUGGAGAUGCUCGUGGUGUGGUCCAACAAGCUCAACGGCAGCAUCCCCCGCUCUUUGUCAAACUCGACGAAGCUCCGGUGGCUGCUGCUGCAGGACAACUUCCUUACCGGAGAGCUGCCGUCCGACGACAUGUUCAGUGGCAUGGAGAGCCUAGAAUUCCUGCACCUGUCGUUCAACUUCUUCACGAGCCAGCGGAACACCACCAGCCUUGAACCGUUCUUUGCCUCGCUUGCCAAUUGCACCGGCCUCGUGGAGCUCAGUGUCGCCGGAAACGACCUUGUCGGCACGAUCCCACCUGUCAUUGGUCGCCUCUCCCCCAGCCUCAUGCACCUCCACCUUCAGUUCAACAAAAUCUUUGGUCCGAUCCCGGCGAACCUCUCCUACCUUGCCAACCUCACCGACCUCAACCUCUCCGGUAACCUCCUCAAUGGCUCCAUCCCACGGGGCAUCGCCGGCAUGCGGAAGCUCGAGUUGCUGAACCUCUCAAACAACCUGCUCUCCGGGGAGAUUCCGCCAUCCCUAGGCACGAUCCCGAGGCUCGGCCUCGUCGAUUUUUCGCACAACUGGCUCACCGGCGCCAUUCCUCAGACCAUCGUGCAGUGCAUGACCAUGCAAACUCUUGACCUUUCCCACAACAUGCUGGGAGGCGAGAUCCCAGCUGGCUUAUCAAGGCUAAGCGGGUUGCUCUACCUCAACCUCUCUAGCAACCUUUUGUGUGGAGCGAUCCCGGUGACCAUCGGCAAGAUGGUUAAGCUGGAAGUGAUCAACCUAUCCUCAAACAGGCUCUCUGGCACGAUCCCUCCGCAGCUCGGCCAUUGCGUUGAGCUACAAUACCUGGACGUGUCCUACAAUGGCCUCAGGCCUCGUUCGGUUAGCCCCAACCCGCCCGGCCUCACGGGGACCCUGCCUCUGUCCAUGGAGAAGAUGUUGUCGUUGCGGCGUGUUAACUUUUCCUACAACGACUUCUGGGGCGAGGUGCCCAGCGGCGGGAAAUUUGCGGGGUUCCCGGCGGACGCGUUCCUCGGCAAUGCCGACCUGUGCACGGAGAGGGCGUCGAUGAUGCCCGGCUUGGCUAAGUGCAGCAGGAGGAAGCACAGCGCGCUCCACAACCGACGAGUGGUGUUGCCCGUUGUCUUCACUAUUGCGAGCUUCACGACGGCGAUCAUUGUUCUCGCCAUGUGCCGCUCCAUGGGACGCGACGGGCGGCGCUCGGCGCUGCUGGCAUACGUCGGCGGCGGCGAGCCGAGCAACAGGGGAGACCACCCGAGGAUCUCGCAGCGGGAGCUCUCCGAGGCAACGGGCGGGUUCGAGCAGUCGAGGCUGAUCGGUGCGGGGCGGUUCGGGCGCGUAUACGGCGGCACGCUCCGCGACGGCACACGUGUCGCCGUCAAGGUGCUCGACCCGAUUACCAGAGGCGAGGUCUCCUGGAGCUUCAAGCGCGAGUGUGAUGUGUUGCGAUGGACACGGCACCGGAACCUGGUACGCGUGAUCACCACAUGCAGCCAGCCGGACUUCCACGCGCUCGUGCUUCCAUGGAUGACCAAUGGUAGCCUCGAGAGCCGCCUCUACCCAUCUGACGGUGGCCUUGACCAUGGCAUGGACCUCACAUGGCUGGUCGCCAUCGCCAGCAACAUAGCCGAGGGGCUCACCUACCUGCACCACUAUGCACCCGUCCGCAUCAUACACUGCGACCUCAAGCCCGGAAACGUGCUCCUCGACGACGACAUGACGGCCGUCGUGGCUGACUUUGGCAUCGCGCGCUUGGUCAAGGACAUGGGCGAUGACGACAUCACCGGCUUUGCUGAUCCAUGCAACUCCAUUGCCGGGUUGUUGCAAGGUUCCGUGGGCUACAUCGCACCAGAGUACGGACUAGGAGGCCACCCUUCAACAGAAGGUGACGUGUACAGCUUCGGCGUGAUGCUACUGGAGAUGAUCACCGGGAAGCGCCCGACGGAUGCGCUCUUCCAAGAGGGACUCACGCUGCAUGAAUGGGUCAGGCGACACCACCCGCAUGAUGUUGCGGCCAUCAUCGCACAGUCAUGGCUGGCGGCCAUGGAUGCGAUGUUGUCGGCGGUACAAGCAGGUCACAUUGUCGUCGAGCUGAUCGACCUUGGGAUCGCGUGCACUCAGUACUCGCCGGUGGAGCGGCCUACCAUGGCGGAGGUGUGCCACUCGAUCGCCCUCCUCAAGGUUGCGUCUUCCCGACGUGUAGUUAUGGAUUCUACUGCCAUAGCAUGA